AUGCUGGCAUGGCAGGACGGCGGGGCCAAAGCGGCUCCUUCCCACCACAAGAUCUCCUUCUCGGUCCUGGACAUCCUGGACCCGCAGAAAUUCACCCGCGCUGCGCUCCCGGCCGUGCGCCCUGCUCCCCGGGAAGCCAAGAAAAGUUUGGCAGAGGCCGAAGCGGGGAAGGACGCCAGCCCGGGGGACCAGGCCUGGCAGCGGGAGACCCCUGAUGCUGCUGCGUCCCCCCUGGAGGGCUCGGAGGCAGAGGAGGCGGAGGAGGAGGAGGAGGAGGCGGAGGACGCGGGGCGGCGGCGGCGGCGGCGGGAGAGGGCUGCGUGCCUGCAGACGGGCUUGGCGCGCUCCCCCGAAGCCCCGGCAGCGGCGUUGGCGGCGGGGGAGCGUGGUGCGGGCGGCCUCGCUGGCUCCCCGGGCUCGCCCGGCUCCCCGCGGCCCCGGCGCCGGCGUGCGGAGCCCAGCUGCGCCAAGCCGCGGCGUGCGCGCACCGCCUUCACCUACGAGCAGCUGGUGGCCCUGGAGAACAAGUUCCGGGCCACGCGCUACCUGUCGGUGUGCGAGCGCCUGAACCUCGCGCUGUCGCUCAGCCUCACUGAGACGCAGGUCAAAAUUUGGUUCCAGAACCGCAGGACCAAGUGGAAGAAGCAGAACCCCGGCGCCGACGGGGCGGCGCCGGCAGGGGGCGGCGCGCCCCAACCCGGGGUGGCGGCGGGGUCGGGCGCCGGGGGCAGCCCGGGUCCGCCGGGCCCCGGCGCUGUGCCCUUCCAGACUUUCCCCUCCUACUCCGGGGCCAACGUCCUCUUCCCAGCCGCCGCCUCCUUCCCACUGACGGCCGCCGCCGCCGGGGGCCCCUUUGCGCCCUUCCUCGGGCCCUCCUACCUGACCCCUUUCUACGCCCCGCACCUGUGA